GCCCGUGAAGCCAUGAAGCGGGUAAGCAGUAGCAUGUCCAGCGAUGACAUAGUCUUGGAGGACUUGGAGACCGAAGGGGAGAGACAGCUGAGGAGUCCCCUUCACCAUCAGCUGGACACUUCGGUGUCCAUUGAGGAAUGCCUGUCCAAGAGGCAAUGUUUUGCCCCUGCUGCCCUAUACAAGCCCUUUGGGGAGGUGGCCGCCGGGGCUCUGACUUUAUCCCAGUUCCAGGCGUUGCAAGAGAGUGACCGGGAAACGGCUUCGCUCCGGGAGCUGGGGCUGACCGAUGCCGAAAUCUCCCUUUGGAAGAACCGGGCUUCGGAGGCCAAGAGUGCAGGCCUUGGGGCCGCCCCCGAAGCCACCCUGGAACGUCUGAGGAACAUCGAGGAAAAGAUCUCCGAGCGCCAGCGCAUCCUGUCCCUGCCUCAGAGAUUUGCGGGAAGCAAGCAGCUGAACCGGAGGGAGAUGGAGAUUGAAAAUGCUUUGUUCCAGGGGACGGACCGUCACUCCUUCUUGAGGGCUCUCUAUUACCAAGAUGAAGCUCGGCAGAGAGUACAGAAGGACCCCAUGAGCGACUUGGAAACAGUUUAUCAAGAAAUCCUGACUCAGACGCCCCAAGAGCCCCACGAUCCCACGCAAGUGGCCUCGGCCUCCCGGUCCGCGGCCCCAGAGGCCCCAGGGACUCCGGGCCGGGGUCGUGAGGCGGCCGAGGACACGUCAGAGCCCCGGCGACAGGACGGUCGGGCUGCACAGGACGAAGCUCCCGGCCUCCCUGGGCCCGAAACCCCCCAGCAUGCCAGCGCUGCCCCCAGAAAGGUAACGGAGCCGGUGGCCUUUGUCCCGGAAGAUGAGAUCCGGAGAAAUCGCCUGUCAGAGGAAGAAAUCCGAAAAAUUCCCCGAUUUUCUUCGUACAGCCCCGGAGAGCCAAGCAAGGUGCUGUAUCUGAAGAACCUCAGCCCCCGCGUGACGGGGAAGGAGCUGGUCUCCUUGUUUGCCCAGUUCCAGGAGAAAGAAGGGCCCCAGAUUCAGUUCCGCUUACUGACCGGACGGAUGAGAGGCCAGGCUUUCAUCACCUUCCCCAGUACCGAGCUGGCCCAGCAGGCACUGUUGCUGGUGAAUGGCUUCAAUCUUCUGGGCAAGACCCUGGUGAUAGAGUUUGGAAAGAACAAAAUGCAACCGACCGGUCUUCUCUCAGCCCCCCUUCCAGCGGAGGCCACCAGCGGCCUGGAGAAGCCCAGAAGCAGCUAGAA